GUGAGCUGUGUGUAUGUAACUGUGAGCUGUGUGUGUGUGUAACUGUGAGCUGUGUGUGUAUGUAACUUCGGCUCAACCUGCUGCUUGUAAACAGAAGCGCUGUGUGGACGCAGUAAUUUCAGGUCACAAUUUUCAGUCAGGACUGUAAUGAACUGAGCUUGGCUGAACUGAACAGGACUGGGCUUGGUUCGUGCUGGGGCUGGAGUGGGCUUGGCUGAACUGAACAGGACUGGGCUUGGUUUGUGCUGGGGCUGGAGUGGGCUUGGCUGAACUGAACAGGACUGGGCUUGGUUCGUGCUGGGGCUGGAGUGGGCUUGGCUGAACUGAACAGGACUGGGCUUGGUUCGUGCUGGGGCUGGAGUGGGCUUGGCUGAACUGAACAGGACUGGGCUUGGUUCGUGCUGGGGCUGGAGUGGGCUUGGCUGAACUGAACAGGACUGGGCUUGGUUCGUGCUGGGGCUGGAGUGGGCUUGGCUGAACUGAACAGGACUGGGCUUGGUUCGGGCUGGGACUGGGUUUCGCUGGUCUGGUGAGGUCUGGGAGCUUGUGUGUCUGGUGAGGUCUGGGAGCCUCCAUGACAGCGUGGGAGAGCUGCGAUCUGUGAGGAUACACACACUGAAGAGACAAGGACACACACACACACACACCGAGGAGACGACACACACACAUCCUCAUUUUGUCGAGACUAUUUAGACCCCCCCCCCCCCGUAUUUUUGUCCUGACGAUGGCAUCAUCUGUGGCUUAUGUGUUGUUGCUGGUGGCUGCCUUCGUGCUGGGAUUGUACCACGUCUUGGUGGAAGGGGGGUGUGCUGGGAGGUGCUGCCGGGGUUCAGACAUCACCUGUGUAACGGCAGACUGGGGGAUGGACCGGGUAUACAGAACCUGCUACUGCGACGAGGGCUGCCUCAGGACCAAGGACUGUUGCUAUGACUACCCCACCGAGUGCUCAGGCCAGUCGUGUGUGGUGACUGAGUGGAGUUCCUGGAGUGGUUGUGGCCAGCCCUGCCAGCGGUCCGUGAGGAUCAGGCGGCGCUAUAUUGAGCAGGAGGCCAGGAACAGUGGAGAGCCAUGUCCCAGUCUGGGGGAGCAGGCUGGCUGCAUGGAGUACCGCUCACACCAGGGAGAGUUCUGCACUCAGAAUACAGGUCCAGGUUUCAUCACCACCAUGGAGUUUGGUAAAGGAAGAGGGAAGCAUGACAUCUACGGCACACCUCUGGACCCUGGGUUCUGUAUGGAGUACAAGAUGGAGUCUCUGACUCCUCACUGUACGGUGGAGAACCGACCACACACCCGCUGGAUGCAGUAUCUACGGGAGGGCUACAUCGUGUGUGUGGCCUGCCAAGCCCCCGCCAUGCGUAACCAUAGCGGCAGCUGCCAGGGAGACGGACAAGAAUCUAACAGUGAGGAGCUACUCCAUUGGCAGGCUGUGGGGAACUCUCGCUGUCGAGGAACAUGGAAGAAGGUCCAGAGAACUGCGUACUGCUCCUGUCCCCACGUCCACAGCUUCCUCUUCAUAUAAACACACACCAAGCCCCAAGCCCCAAUCCCAACUGGCACCCUAUUCAUUAUAUAGUGAACUACUUUUGACCAGGGGUCCACAGAUAGGUUGGCCGACAACGUCACGAAAAUGAUGUGUGCUCAUAGACGGGGAAUGGAAGCAAGUCCCCUCAGCAAUGUUCCAACAUCUGGUGGAGAGUGGAGGCUGUUAUAGCAGCAAAGUGGGGGACCAACUUCAUAUUAAUGCCCAUGAUUUUGGAAUGAGAUUUUCGACGAGCAGGUGUCCACAUAUUUUAGUCACGUAGUGCAUUUCUGACUUAUUAUUGUUAUUAUUAUUUGGAACACUACUCCUCUCACUCCGUUUAAGCUAGAAACGUCAUUCAAACUUUAAAACGUGUAGACCGGUCUGGAUUGAGUUGCUUGUUGAUAUAUAUAUAUAUAUGUAUAUUUUGUUUUUAACUAUUAAGAUUUUUGUCCUUUUUUGUCAUUCAUCCACUUUCAUGGGAUUUCCUCAACAUUCUGAAGGCCCUUUUGUGACAUCCAUUUCCAACAUUCCAUUAAUUGU